GAGCGCUCGGUUCGGAGCUGCUGAUGGAGCUUUCCGGCGGAGCAACGGCAGGGGCGGUGCUAACAGGAAGCAACGUCCCGGCCUUCCUCACCAAGCUGUGGACUCUGGUAGAAGACCCGGAAACAGACCCGCUCAUCUGCUGGAGCCCGAGUGGAACCAGCUUUCACGUGUUUGAUCAGGCUCGGUUCUCCAAAGAAGUUCUACCAAAGUUCUUCAAACACAACAACAUGGCAAGUUUCAUCCGGCAGCUGAAUAUGUAUGGGUUCCGUAAGGUGGUCCACAUAGAACAGGGGGGUUUGGUGAAACCAGAGAGAGACGACACAGAGUUCCAACAUCCGUUCUUCAUCAGAGGACAAGAACACCUGCUGGAGAACAUCAAGCGCAAAGUUACUACCGUGUCGGCGGUGCGACAGGAAGAAGUAAAGAUCUCUACGGACGACAUGAACAAGAUCCUGACAGACGUGCAGCUCAUGAAAGGCAAACAGGAAACCAUCGACUCCAGAAUCAUGGCCAUGAAACAUGAGAACGAGGCUCUGUGGAGAGAGGUGGCCAGCCUGAGACAGAAACACGUUCAGCAGCAGAAGGUCGUCAACAAGCUGAUCCAGUUCCUGGUUUCUCUCGUCCAAUCCAACAGGAUCAUGGGAGUCAAGAGAAAACUGCCUCUGAUGCUGAAUGACUCUGGCUCCGCCCACUCCAUGCCGAAAUACAGCAGGCCGUUCUCAUUGGAGCACAUGCAGGCUGCUGCCAGUCUGUUCUCAGCAGACUCACCUGUCACCUCUGGACCAAUCAUCUCUGACAUCACAGAGGUGGCCACCCCGUCAGAGGAGGGAGUGGUCAGUGAUUGGACGGAUACAAGAGAGAGCCAAUCGAACGUCAAGGAGGAGCCAUCCAGUCCUGAUGUGGAGGUGUGUUCUGUUCAGGAGGGCGGAACUACACUUGUAGACACGCCCCUGUCCCCCACCACCUUCAUCAACUCCAUCCUGCAAGAGAACGAGACGCAGCCGGUCCACAUCACCUCCACCGCCAGUCCUGGACCAGUCAGUCCUGUUGUUGUGGUGAGCCAGACCUCCACUGGGCCACUUCCACCUGCUCAAACCAGCCAAUCACCUGCCUCCUUUCCUACCCUGAAUACUGCCACCAGCCCCGCAUCACUUCAGCAGAAAUGUCAGACCGUCGCCUGUAUUGAAAAGGGUGAACUAUCAGAUCAUGUUGAGAUUAUUGACAACAGUCUUGAAAACCUUCAAAACGUCUUGAGCUUUGACACAUCCCCACUGUUUGAGUUUUUCAGCUCCUGUCCGUCUGCAGACUUCGACCUCGACAGUUUGGACACUCUGCUGUCUGACGAAGCUCCAAAAGGAAGUGAUGAAAGCAACACAGGGAAGCAGCUGGUGCACUACCACCCUUACAGUCUGAACCAAUCAGUGGGGCCGACCUGUCCCUGGAGGCGGAGCCUUUCUUAAUCUCCGAUCAGGCCAAUGAGGAUGCAGCUGCCCUGCUGAGACACGCCCACCUGGACGCUGACCUCUGACAUCAUCAGGAGGGGCGGAGACUGGGGAUAGUGUCAAAUGUGACUCAUUGUAACCAUAGCAACAGGACAGUCUGAGCGCCUCACUGUAACCAUAGCAACAGGACAGUCUGAGCGCCUCACUGUAACCAUAGCAACAGGACAGUUUGAGCGCCGCACUGUAACCAUAGCAACAGGACAGUCUGAGCUCAUCAGUAGGUGAUCAGCUGUAGAUCAAUCAGUAGGUCAAAGGUCGCGUCUUUAUUAACAUUCAUAUACUUGUUUCUUCUUCUACUCUGUUUAUUAUAGCGUUUGCUUCUUCUUCUUCUUUGCUUUAAUUUAAUCUUUUGUUUGAUGCUCCUGUGAUGUCACACCUGUGAUGUCACACCUGUUAUGUCAUACAUGUGAUGUCAUACAUGUGAUGUCACAUCUGGGCGUGUCGUGUGUUCUGCAUGUUCCCGUUAGUGAGAUGAUGAUGAUGAUGAUGAUGAAGAUGACUCAGCAGUGUGUAGUAAAUGAGGGUCGAGCUGUUCUGGGACUCGUUGAUAUUAUUGAUCAUGUGA